AUGGAUGAUGAUGUGAUUGAAGAAGAUCAUAAUAUUGAUGGAAAUAGUCCAACCGAAGAUGAGAAGCUGGCGUUAGAACAAAUGCCAAGAAAUGCAAAAUUUAUGAAAGACCUUGUUACCAAAAAGUGGGCAGUUAUCUUUGAGGCAGAAGAUAACCUCCAUCAUUGUAAAGCAAUUGCCACAAGGUAUUUGGUGCAAAAGAAGAUGAAUCCAGGCAUGUUCACCAUUCCAUGCACGAUCGGCCCUCUUGAUUUUGCCAAGGCACUGUGUGAUCUUAGAGAAAGCAUUAAUAUAAUGCCACUUGUUAUUUACAAGAAAUUGGGUUUGGUAAAUCCUACACCCACAAACAUGCGAUUAAUAAUAGCUGAUAGAUCUUUGAAAUGGCCUGUGGGGAUAUUGUAUGACGUGUUGGUCAAAGUGAUAAAUUUCAUAUUCCCUGCAGACUUUGUCAUACUGGAUUAUGAAGUAGACUUUGAGGUGCCCAUAAUUUUGGGUAGACCUUUCCUUGCCACUGGUAGUGUGAUCAUUGCUUUGAGAGCUAAUAAACUUCUAUUUAGGCUAAAUGAUGAAAUAGUUUGUUUCGAUGUUUGUCAAUCCAUGAAACAACCCAAAGAAAUGAGUGUGUUGUCUAUUGUGGAUGAUUACUACAAAGAUGAUGAGGAAGUCUCAAUACUGGAGAAGGUUGUUGGCGAACCUCUAGCAGCAGUUUUGAUGAAUCUCAACAGUGACAGCAUCGAGAGUUAUAAAGAGACCAGUUGUGCAUUGAAUGGAAUAGGACCAUAUUCAUGCAGUGGAAACACAUUACCAAUUAUAAUUGCAGAUGGUAUGAGCGAGAAGCAGGUGGAAGCACUUAUUUCAGUGCUUCAGUGA